GUCCAUAAAAAGACCUCGACCCUCCAUCCACAAUCCCAACUAGGAAGCCCCAUUUCCGCAACAGUCGAUCAUCAGACGUACGUGCCCCAUUUCCCCCUCUUCAGAAAAACUUGGAAUCUUCUUGCUUGCGAUAGCCUCACUUUUUUUUUCCUUCCCCAAUGCUCCACCCCACUCGUCAACAAUUGUCCUUGCCAAUAUGACAAUCAAUAUCAAGAGUCCUUAUCAAGAGAUAUGCCGAGUGGAGGUGUUAUGCCUCAGGGGUUCACGAUCUUUGAAGAGCGAAGCGCGAGGGGGCGAUGCGAGGAUGGGAUUAGGGUCCCCUAGUUUUCACCAUUGGACAUAGACAGGAUUGGGGUGCGAACUAGUAAACUUUGUUUUCUAUGCUGCUACAGUAGGUGAGAUGGGACGGAGGGUAGUCUGUGUUAGGAUAUGGGGUAUGAAUGUUAUGGUGAAGUACUUUGUAGAGAGUAAGAGUAGAAGUAACAGUUGUCUUUACACAUCUAAUUCCUUUCUCUUAGGUUUGCGAUUGUGAAGCACAGAAGCAUAUCACUGCAUCGUACUCGGUAUCUAUGACUAUGUAAAGCAAGGAAACCUCCAUUAUAACAGCCAUACCUAUAAGUCCCAACAAACAAGUUUACCUACCUACCUCCCUACAUCUGGCGGCACACUCGGCGCAAACACAUAAAAAAAGAACACGACACCGUCUCGAUACCACGCUACGACUAUAUUUACGGAGUGCAUCCCCUCAAGGCUCAAUCCAGAAAAGUAGAGAAACAAGGAAAUUUUCAGGUACAUACAAACCUUCCUGACCGCUCCGCGUGUAUACUACCCACACAACUCCACAAUGUAUGCAUGCAUGCAAGUACACACCAAGAAUCUCGUGCACGCGUACGGUACAGCGUGGGAUGUAGGUACGUACCGGCAACUCCCCAGAAAAGAGGGGUACGCUCGGCAAAUUCGAAAAAAAAGAAAAGAAAAAAAGAAGAUUUACUUACCAUCCUUCGUAUUGAAGAAAAAGGGCGUUGAAAGCGUGGAUUUCCAUUGGCUGGCUCAACAGCCCAUCCCAUCAACAGCGAAAAAUCGCCAAGCGAUUCGUCAUGGACCGGGUGUGCUACAGUACUUCUGUGUGGGGGAGAAGGAGAUUAUCGUUGCCGGAAUCAAGAACCGAACAUAUCGAGGGAUGGAUGGGAUUCUAGCGGCUGGCUGGCGGCUGGCUGAUGAGAGACUUUUGUGUGCGGAGAAAGAAUUGGAAGAGGAAAGAGAAGUUGGGGAAGUAUGA